AUGCGCACACAAGCAUUCAAAGGAAGGAAGGAAUUCCUCUACGAUAUGCCGAACGCCCCCACGGCGACUUCCCCUCCUCACCAACCCGCUCACAGCCCGACAGUACCCGCGUCGCCAAGCUCGGCAAAGGUUUCUCCCCGUGCCAGCCACUCCAAUCCAAUCUCCCCUAUCGCCCGCUCAUCUCAACUAGCCGGUUAUCAACACUUUGCAGCUUCACGCGUCUCGGGCACCAGGGACUCUCUUGUUACUCAGGUCGACGAGGAGGAAGACGAGUUAGACGACGACGUGGACAACUCGUGUCCAGCCAAGUCCACCCCUCCUGUGCCUCUGUCAUCAACGGCGCACCAAAAUUUGUCCGCCACCACGUCCAACGGGCCUGUUUCGGCCUCGAACGGAUACAACAGCAUGAGCUGGAGGAAGCCGUUGAGUGGCCGCUGGGGCGCGGGUUUCGGGGCGUCGAACGAACGCGGUGGUGACGAGGACACGCCAGAAUCCGAGGCGCCCCCGGCGGGUACGCCGGUGGUUGCAUCUGAAGUUGCAUCUGCAACUGCGUCGCGUGCAGGUUCAGCUGCGCCGAAGGACGAGUUCGACUCUGGCCCCGGCACGCCGGCAACCGAGGAGAAUGGGGAUAAACCGAAGCGCAGGACGUCUCGGAGGUCCACCGCCCAGCUUAAGAAGGAGGACGAGGAGCCGGCUGCGAAGAAGAGGAGGUCUGCUGGACCCGGUACGCCUCCAGAGCCCUGUGGUCCCGCAAAGCCCGGAUCUUGUCCAGGAGACGGCCGCUGCAACGGCUCUGGUGGCAACGCGGCCUGCGAGGGCUGCCCAACCUAUAAUAAUACCUUGGCAACUCAACCGACAAGCGCUCCGGGCCCGGCAGAGGGUGUCGAACGCCCUUCUGUCAAACCGUCACCGGCAUCCGACCGGCCCUCGGAGCGCCCCAAUCCAUGGGGCCUCAACCUCAUGGGGACCAUGGGUUCUCGCCCGUCGUCGACGGCCAACAACGACGCCCGGUACCCUCCAGCUGGUGGCGUAGCUGGCCAGCAGCAGGGAUCCUUGGCUGGGCCACAAGGGACCAAGUCGGCCUUGUCGGCUGAUGGCAAGCAGACAAACCCAAAUUCUCCUGAAUCGGAUGCUCCCGACAAGCCUGCACCGCAGGCUGGUGGCACCCCAGCCGGCAAUGGGCUCGCUGCGACACCUGUCGGAAUGAGCUGCAGAAACUGUGGUACCAGCACCACUCCACUGUGGCGCCGCGAUGAGGAAGGUCGCCCCCAGUGCAACGCGUGUGGCCUCUACCACAAGCUCCACGGCGUUCCCCGUCCGGUCGCCAUGAAAAAGACUGUUAUCAAGCGUCGCAAGCGCGUACCUGCCGUUGCGACAGCGGCUACGCAAGGCCGCGCUGGCUCCGCGGGUGCUCCACCAGCGCCUUCAGCAUCAGCCGCAGUUCCGCACAGCAACCCGUAUGACGAUAAGGCACGACCGUAUGGGAUGAGCUCGCCGUGGGCUCACAACCCUGCCCAACGUGACAUGGACCCAAGACGCAAGAACAUGCCUCUCAUCAUCCCAACAGCGGGCGCCAACACGGAGCGCAAGAAGCCGUGGUGGAUCGAGGACCGUCGCGAACGCGAUGACAAAGAGCGCGACCAUGGAGAGCUUUCGUCUCACCAGCUUGCUGCGGAGACACUGCUCUCGAUUGCUCCGCAGACCAAGGUUGCAGCGAGCGUCUCUCCCGAGAUUGGCCGUGACAAGCUUUCGGCGUCGGGGUCGGCGCGCUUGGAACCUGGUUCCAGCCGCAUGGACGUCGACUCGAAAGAUGAUGUUCUCCGUGGGGUCAAACGCAAGGCUGACGAGGACAACCACCUGCCCAGCGCCCACAGCCUUGGGUUGGUAGGUCUUGCCGGCGAGAAGGAGCGUGAACGCUCGCGUGAGCGCUACUCGCGCUCUCCCCUGGCGCAGACAACCGAGAAUCGCGCCGCUGCCGCGGCUAGUCCUUCAGCGCCUGCACCUGCUACGGCUGCUUCUCGGUUGAACGCAAGCACUGGGUCGAACGCAAGUGCCUCGCCCACAUUCACUCCCCGCUAUUCUAUCUACGGCCCGAACCCACGUGACUCGGCGAUCGGCUCGCCAUGGUCCAGCCUUGCUGCUGGCCGGUACGGCGGCGGCUUCAGCUUCGGCCGUCGCGACCUUGGCUCAUCUGUCGGUGCUUCGCCCGCAAGCUCGGCCCCAAAACCAGCUCAGCUUUCCCCCCAGCGACGUCCAUCACCGGAGACGACGCGUGACACCGGGGUCUCUCGCUUCUACGGCGGUGCAGUCGGCGGCAACUCGUCGCUCUCGUCGUCCUACGGCCACUACAGCAUGAGCCGGAGGGAGCUGGACGAGCACCUCAAUCAGCUCCGCGAGGGUAAACGUUGGCUGGAGAGCAUGAUGAUCAAGACGGAGAAGCUCAUAACCGUUGUCGAGGGCAAAAUGGAGACCGCUGUGCCCGCAGCCGCGGCAUCUACACCCGCUCCGGCCGCGGCGCCCGUCAGUGCCCCUGCGGAUGGCGGCGGGCGCAGCAACGAGGACUGGGAGUUCGAGGAGCGCGAGAGGCAACGACAACGCGAGUUUAAGCGCUUGGAAGAAGAGGCGCAACGGGACCGCCUGGAGAAGGAGCGGCGCGACAAGGAGCGCGCCGCGCGCGUCAAGCAGACUUCGGCGAUCCCAGCAGACCCUGCGCCGCCGGCCCCGCGUCCCGACUAUGGGCUGUACGACCGAGGAAGACAGAGCCGGUCUGAUGCCGAACGGCGCGACCUCUUGCUUGCGCGUCGCGUACCAGCGACGUCUCCGAACGCAUCAACAAGUGCGGCGACAGCGAACGGGCGACCUCCCAGUACGAGCGUUACUGAGCGCGAGCGCGUCGCUCCCGCACCAUCACCCAAAACGACGGGACUGUGGGAACGUGAGCGCGCUGAGCGCGAGCGCGAAGAGGUGGUCGGGAGUGCGCCAAGUGUCGCCCUCCCCCGCCGUGAGCCAGGUCGCAUUGGCCGUGGGCUGUGGGCGUUCGAGUCGCGUGGCUAG